AUGAAGCCUUCACUAGCAGACAACUACUGUCCAGACCCACAGAUGAGCUCCAUAUCGCUUGUGGCAAAGUACUUGGACGAUACUCGUAAGGCCGAGUUGGCUACCAGUCUCGUACUGGAAAUUGAUUCCUCUCAAGAAUCUCUUUCCGUGUUGUGCGACUUGCUCGAUUCACUUGACAUAACCACAAAGAGUUCCAUUUACCCACAAAUUUUGGAUUUUUGCACCUCGAUUCUUGAUGACCCUUCUAAGAAUGAUUAUGCCGCUGUCACUAAGUUGGCACUGGGACUUCCAGCCUUGAGAAAGGACCUCGUUAACCGUGCGACAACUCACUUAUCCUUGUACUUACAUCAAUCAAAGGUUAACUUGUUACCUGAAUUCAAACAAUUGGUAAAGGGUACUGAAGUUUCCGACCAAGAUCAGCAACUCACCAAUGAGCAUAUUGUUUCUGUUUUUGAGUUUUUGGAAUACAUGUUUAUGCAUUCUGUUCUUGUUGAGGCCGAUGACGUAACUGAGCUUGAUAACUUGUUGUGUUUGCUUAUUGGUGUGAAUGAUGAAGCGGUAUCAUCUGCAGUCUCAAGCAUGCUUCGUUGGAGAAUCCACUCCAUUGCAAACUCUACCAACAUGGUUACCAGCAUUUGGACCAUUAUCUUUGCAUUGGAAAAAUCUUCCGCUAAGCACCAUAAGGCUCACUCAUAUGUUUUAUGGUUACGUUACUUGACUUCUUUCCUGGCUGAGGAAUUGGCUGCUGAUCCUGCUUUCCAAUCUCAAGUCUCAUCUGAACAUUACUGGAAUUGCGUUCAAAUCGGUUUGACCAGUCCCUUCCAUGAACAUAGAAAAUUCUCCUUAUCGAUUCUUCAAGUUUCAGUCAAAGGAAUUGCCAACUCUUUCACUAACUCUUUCAUGUCAUGGGAUACUACCAAAGCACAUGUCUACCUUAAGGAAUGGGCCAGAUAUGUUACCCUCUUUGAAAUUCUUGGUAUUGAUACUUCUCUCCAUCAAGCUGAAGCUGGUACUAGAGAUAUUAUUGGUCUCAUCUCUCCAAAUUCCGUAAUUCAUCCAUCUUGGGGUUUCUGCUUGCUCUCCACUGGUUUUAAUGCUUCCAUGGACUCUGUGAGAAAGUUUGCAUUAUCGUUAUUGAUGUCGAUCCCACCGCAAAACUUGUACUUGAUCAAACAUGGUUUACCUUUCUUGGAGGGUGUCUUUUUGCCAUAUGCAAUGCUUGCAGCUCAUUUUCAUGUGAGAAAAGUUGGAUGUACAAACGAGAACAACUGUGAAUAUGGUGAAAGAAUUACCGCAUUUGUAUGUAGUUUAGUAGAAAACUUGGAAACUGAACAAGAGUUUCAAGAUACAACUACUGCCAUUUUUACUGCUCUUAAUACAGCAGAUGUUUUCGACCCGGCUAAAAUUUAUGUUUCAUUGGGAUUACUCAAAGGCUUGAACUCAAAGCGAGUUUUGAAGUAUGGUACCCGCUUAGAAAGUUUAUUACUCUCCAUGAUUGAAUACAAACCAGAAGGUUUCCUCUUUCAAAGAUCGCUCCAAACUAUAAACUUGAGACUUCUUCUUAACUUCAAGUUUGUCGAUGUUUCUACAUUCUUUGGUAGCAUCGAUAAAUUUUACAAAUUCAAUGGUUGCGAAAUUAUCGGCGAUCAUGUGGAUUUGAUUUCGGAGUACCUUUCGAAACACUCUGUUUCUUUGGCUGAUCUUCAAUCUGUAAAUAGUAGUGGUGAACUUGAAGCCUUGGUCUUUGCUGUCAUUCAACGUAUUUACCCAGAAUCUAAUGUCAGUAUUGACGGUGAUUCACUUAUUGUCAAUGUUCUCGAACAAGGAAUCGUGAAAGAUAUCGACGCAAAGAUUGUGCAACAGUUUGUUUCGAAUGUACUUACCUCGAAAGUCGUUGAUGAAGAACAAUUGCAAUUAUAUACCAGGCUUUCUAAUGUCGAAGAAAAUGUUUGGUUGACUUAUCAAGAUCAAAUUUCAGAGAACUUGCCAACGUUUUGGGAAAUUAUUCAACUGGAUGUGAAGUCAUCUGAUGAACUUUGCUUGAGAAUCCUGGCUAAAAAGCUUUCCUUCUUUAGUAUCUUGUGUCGUGCCAUCCCUGGCCAGGACAACAUGUUUGACCUUAAAUCAUUGAUCAACUUUUCAUCUAUUCUUUUCAGCAACUCCAGAGAUGCUUCCAAGAGCUCUAAGACUUUCUAUAAGGUUCGCGAUGAAGCAUUUGGGCAUCUUUAUACCCUCUUGGAUGUUUCCAUUGGUACUUUGGAAUCUUUAACUGGUUCUCAGAUAAAGGAUAUUAUUUCAAUAAUUGAUUGUAACUCUCUGGGUGUGGAGCAUAACACAGCACUUGUUACCCUUGUUCAAAGAUUGAUCACUGAAGCUGAAUCUCCAGAAACCAUUCAAAGCAUUGUAGAACAUCUUGAUGAAUUGUGGUCUAGCUUAACUUCUGCUAGAUUACAAUUAAACCAAAAAGAUUUGCAUGUUGCCGUCAUCCAAGCUCUCUCACACAAGAAGAUUCUUUCUCAAUCCGUAUCUAAUCCAGCUAUUAGUGAAAUCUUACUUGCAUUUUCAAUCACUGUUAUCCAAAACUCACAUGGUAGAAGAUGUCUUCUUCCAGCUUUAACUAAGCUGUUAUCUGAUUUCCAAAUUGCUCAUCAUCCAGACGAGUUUGAAUCUUGUCCUUGGAUCCCAGAAGUUUUGGUGAGAGGAUACACUGUCUUGCAACUUAAAAGUAAUGUUUUCCGUUUAGAAAAUAUUAUUGGUAAAUUAUAUGACACCAAGAUUGCCAGAACUACUAAUAGUGAUAUUUAUAGGGAAAUUUAUGGAUUGGAAGACAUCAGUUCCAGAGUUAAUAUUAUGGCUAUUUUGGGUAGUACCAAGAGUUCCCAUUUCAGUAAGAGAAUUUUGGAUUUUAUUGUCACCAAUGAAAGAGAAUUCUUCUUGUUUGAAGUAGUCAAGAGAACUGAUGGUUUGGAAGAAUGGACAAGAAUUCAAUUAUUUAGUGUGAUUCUUAUCGCAUCUCGUAACAUCGCAUCUCAUUAUAUGAUUCAAAACUAUAUGACUCGCUUUGUUGGAUUACUCGAAACCGAUCCAAGUCCUUUAGUGCGAAUCUAUAUUGAGUGGAUGAUUGCAACAUAUCUUUUGGAUAGUCCAGAAGACACCGAAAAGAUCUUCUUGACAUUGAAGAAGCUCGUUGAUAUGAACGGUGGUAAACCAACUCUCCUUACUAGUUAUGAACGUAUCUUACUUAUUAUGAUUCAACAAUUACCAAAGGAAAAGGAAGAGGAACUUUUGACAAAGUUGUUAACCGUUGUACUUCCUGCUGCAACAUCAAACAAGGCUAUCACCAGACACUUCUCCUUGUCUUUGACAUGUGCCAUUUAUCCAGAAAUUAAAUCAAAGAAGUUGGAUAUUGACCCUCAACUUCUUGCAGUUGUUGAAAACAUGUAUAAUACAGCUAUUUUAUCUGAUGCAUUUGGCACUCAUAGAAGUGGAGAUGCUACCUUGUGGGAUAUUACUAAGGAUAUGACAUUGGUCAGUAUCUCUGGAGGUGUGCUCUUGCGUGUUAGUGACAGAGACAUUGACUUUAUCACCAAGGAAUCAUACUUGGCAUGUUUGAGUGAAUCACAAUUGAAUGCCUUACAAGUGCCAGUUGGUGAAAACUUUGAAGAAUUAUGGAUCAAGGAUAGAAAAUUACAAGGUGAUAAGAGAGCUAUUGCUAGUAGAGAUACCGCAUCUGCUUCCUCUAUUGACCAAUCACCAUUACAAACCAAGAGUGGUGCAUUGAACUCGAUCUUGGAUGUCGAUGAAGAUACCAGACAUGUUGUCAGAAGUGACUUGAUUGUUGUUUCGUCAUUGGUCAACAAACCACCAAAUUUGGGAGGUAUCUGUAGAUUGUGUGAUGUUUUGGGUGCUGGUACUUUAACUCUCCAUGACCUUAAUGUGAAGAACCACCCUCAAUUCAAGACUGUCGCUGUUACUGCCGACCGUUGGAUGCCAAUGAUUGAAGUUAAGCCUGAAGAUAUCAUCUCCUACUUCGCUGAGAAGAAAAGAGAAGGUUACACGCUUAUUGGUCUUGAGCAAACAGACAAGUCAGUGGAAUUGAACCAUGAAUUGAAAUUCCCUAAGAAGUCUUUGAUUUUAAUUGGUAGAGAAAAGGAAGGUAUUCCUGGUGAUCUUCUUGCAGAACUCGACUUCUGUGUAGAAAUCAAACAAGUUGGUGUCAUUCGUUCUAUGAACAUCCAGACUGCCACUGCUAUCAUUGUGCACGCCUACUCGACCCAACAUUGUUAAAUAUAUUU